UGGGCGUGUUGUUUGAGCACACUCAGACGGCCAUGUUUAGUCCGGGCCGAGACCAAGGAAAGAAUUUGCCAUUUCCCACGCCAGUCAAAGCGCUGCGCCUUUUGACAGCAGCCACGACACUUUUUUUGAGUUUUACGCUAUUCAGCAGCACUUUCCAGCCAAGCACAGACUUCCGGGCCAAAAUCCAUCUUCAACUGCGAAAUGCCCGACUCCGUCGACCCUUCUUGGAGUCGUGGCUUCUUUGAGUAGCGCUUCUCCGCCUGGUGUGCUUUUUGUUCUGUCCGUCUCUUCGGCGCUGCGCAAAGCGACCCAUUCACGAUGCAAAAGAGACCUAGUUCACAGAAACGAUAUUUUUUUUAUCAUAUUCCCGCUGACGUCAUAUACCAUCAACAUGCUGGCUUCAAGACGCUGUUACAUUGUCUCGGAUGCUGUGCCACUGAUGUCUUGGAGUUGGUACGCUAGCCAAUAGUUAUCCCGCAUCUCGCGUUUGCUCGCGGUCGGCUCGCCUCUCGGAGAUAUUCCACGUUGAAACUAGUUCUUGUUACCCGGUUGCAUUCCAAGAUCGGUACUCAUAGUUUCUAGCGUAGGUAAUUGGGCAAAUCAACUGGUAACAGUACUGGGGUGGCCUCAUCCUCGUUGUCUCAGGGUGUCCGGGCUGGUGAUACCGAACAGAGAGAAGCGUGCAACCUGCAUGGUAGCCGGGCGGUUAAAAACCAAAUAACGGAAGAUAUCUGCCUGGUUCAUGGGGCAUUGAAACUCCCUGGAGGCCUAGGUUUGAUGGGUGUGAAUGGAAAAUAAGGGGCGAAGAAAGGGUUGAUUGGUUCCAAACCCGAGCACUGUAAACCGCAACGAUGCAAGACCAGCGACAUGAAUUAUAUUUCCGACAUUCAUUGAUACAGCCACAGAUUGAUGUUACGUCGAUGUGGUCCAUGCCAUGAUUGGCCAUAUUAAUGAGACGCAAACUGGAAUGGCCGGCCUAGGCAGACCCAACCCGGACGGUCAACUAUUCAAAUGGCCCCCAUGGCUAGGCGGCAGUUGACUUGCCCCUAUCUCGAAACUCUGACCCUUUUGAGGUGGGCUAGACCCCUCUGUUAUUAUGAAAAAAUUGAAACCCACCACACUUUGUUGUCUUACCUUCAUUUGCAUCUACUUGCGGUCUCCUGUUGCUUGUUCUUUCACUUUUGCCGUUUGAUAACAUGUUUCCCGCUCGUUUGGCUUCUUUAUUUGGGUUCGUUUUGAUAGCCAUCCCAGCGGCAGUUCAAGGAGUACGACUUGAUGUACCUCGAGUUGAAGAUUUCGUCAGGAGAUGGAACGUCGCCGCCACAGUGAUUGGUGAUUACGUCUACAUCGACGGGGGUGAGAUCAAUCAGUUCGAGAACGGGACAAUAGACGAGGCUCCAGUUUACCAAGUGAACUCAACACUGUCCAUUGACAUCUCCACCUCUUGGACUACAAGCGACGUCUCUAUCCGGACGAUAGGAAAGCCCAACGCUCCUAGAAACGCGCCGAUGAUAUGGACAGACAAGGAAGGAACGGGUGGAUUCUACUCUUGGGGUGGUGUUUUCUCAUUGGGAAGAUCUGUGACCGGGUCCGAGAUGUGGAAGUUCAGCGCAGAUGGCAGAGGGGGAGGGAGCUGGUCACUUUUCCAGGAUUUUGCAAAUCCGGAGGCCUUUAAAAUUUUGUUAUCACCAGAGAGGGGAGCUUAUGCUAACACGGACGACAAAGGCUUUCUAAUUGGAGGUUCCGUUUGGGGGUGGACACAACUGGGUUUCACAGACACUCAGGCCAUCCCAGGCAUGGUCUCAUUUGACAUGCGAACUAAGGAGAUCAGCAAUGGCACAGCCAACGAUGCGGGCUCCAACAGAAGCCCAUUCGAGACACUCAUUGGGGCGAGGGCUCACUUCAUCCCGGCUAACACUGGCACGAAAAGCCACCAAGGGUUGAUACUGGUCUUGGGGGGCCACAGGUCUUAUGUCGACCGACAGGUCAGCCUCGAAGACUCGCCUGGCUUCGAUUUUAGGAACUUGUCAUUCUUCGACCCGGAAACAGGAGAAAGAUAUUGGCAAAUUGCCACAGGAGAUAUACCGCCUUAUCCCCGGGCUCACUUUUGCGUCACCGGCUUCGCUGUUGCAGGUGUUGGUUAUGAUGUCUUUAUAUUUGGAGGACGGAACGAAGCGCAGCAGAGCCACUACGAUGAUGCCUACAUUCUCAGCCUGCCAGGCUUCGUGUGGACCCUGUUUCCAACUCCUCCGGCAGGGCCGCGAUUCUUCCAGUCGGUCUUUACAAUAAUAUUCACCAUGAAUCCGCACUGA